UCCCUGCCCGGGGAUCCCGUCCCAUCCCUGCCCGGGGAUCCCGUCCCGUCUCUGACCGGAGGUCCUGUCCCAUCCCGUCCCUGCCCGGGGGUCCCAUCCCGUCCCUGCCCGGGGGUCCCGGCCCGCCCGCCGCGGGUCGGCAGUGCCAGACGGCCGCGGUGCGCCGGGCGGCGGCGGAGCGGGAGCCCUGCGGGAGAGCGAGGCGCGGUGAGUAAGGAGCCGACGGGCCCGCGCAAAACAGGGGUUACUGCCCUCCCUGGCGGAAGCAGCGAUGGAGGCGGCAGAAUUAAAGCUGCUCCCGCUGGACCCGGGAGAUGAGGGCACCCAGCGGUGCCGCUUGGGACCUGCCGCGCUCUCCUUCCUGGGAGUCAGGAUCGGCGCCCCGCUGAGGAUCUCGGUGCCCGGCGGCUGCUGCGUGUGCACGGCGUGGCCGCGGCACGACCUGGCGGACGGGUACGUGCAGGCCGACCUGAGCGUCAGCACGGCGGGGCUGGCGGCGCGGGCCCUGCGCGGCCUCUCGCUGAGCGUGCGCCGGCUGCAGCCGCUGCCCUGCCGACAGCUGCGGACUGCCACGGCCACAGUGGUCCUCAAGAGCGCCGCGCUGAAGAAGUCCACUUCCAGAGCGGUGUUGCAGGACACAAUCCGAGAACUGCUAAGAAAUGUGUAUGUUUUGCCUCGUUAUGUUGUCACUGUUGCCCCAAGUCCCGAAAAUCCCGUGGUGUAUAUUGAAAUACUGUCUGCAUCUCCUUUGAACGAGGGAGCUGGAUUGAUAACUCCCCAAACAAGCAUAAAAAUUAAGGAGGUGAUCACUUUAGAAUGGUACAGACAUCUAUCAGAAGACACUGCAAAAACUUCAAUUGCAGGACUGGAUGAUGUGGGGAAGUCUUUGAAAGAAAUUAUUGAUCUGCCUUUCCGCUUCCCCAAAACCUUCAAGAAGCUGGGCCUCUCUGUCCCUAAUGGAGUGCUACUAAUUGGGCCCCCAGGAGUAGGGAAAACUCUCGUGGUAAAGGCAGUGGCAAAAGAGCUGGGUGCGUAUCUGUUCGGCGUCAGUGGCCCUGCCCUCCAUGGUUCCAGACCAGGAGAAAGUGAAGAGAAUUUACGAAGAGUCUUUGAAAAGGGCAGAGAGAUGUCGAACGAGGGCCCAACCAUUCUGUUUUUUGAUGAGAUUGAUUCUCUGUGCCCAAAGCGAGGAGGUUCCAACAGUGCUCCUGAGGAUCGCGUUGUUGCUCAGCUGCUGACCCUGCUGGACGGUGUAGGCAGUGAGGGUAAGAUGGUCAUUGUGGCAGCGACCAACAGGCCGGAUGCCUUAGACCCUGCGCUGAGAAGACCUGGCAGGUUUGACAGAGAGGUUAUUAUUGGGACCCCAACAGUCACACAGAGAAGAUCCAUCCUGCAGUUGCUUACAUCUGAUAUGCCCAUUUCUGCAGAGGUUGAUGUGGCUAAGCUGGCAGAAAUGACCACUGGGUAUGUUGGAGCUGACCUCACAGCACUCUGCAGAGAAGCUGCUAUGCAGGCUGUGUCCCACAGCUCUUGGGAUUCAACUGAAACUGCACCCAUGAUUAACAUGGGAGAUUUCCAAGAAGCUUUUAAAAAAAUUCAACCAUCCUCUUUUCGAAGUGCAGUUGGACUAACAGAGUGUAAACCUGUGACUUGGGAGCAAAUUGGUGGUCUUGAAGAUGUGAAAUUAAAGUUAAAACAGAGUAUCGAGUGGCCUAUGAAGUUUCCUGAGGCGUUUGCCAGGAUGGGGCUGUCUCAUCCCAAGGGGAUUCUCCUCUAUGGCCCAUCGGGCUGUGCCAAAACCACGCUGGUGAGGGCUGUGGCCACCAGUUGUCACUGUUCCUUUCUCUCUGUGAGUGGUGCCGACCUCUUCUCCCCUUACCUUGGAGAUUCAGAGAAGAUUUUGUCUCAGGUUUUUCGCCAAGCAAGAGCAAAUACUCCAGCAAUAAUAUUCCUGGAUGAGAUUGAUUCUAUGCUGGGAUCUCGGGCACACUGCAGAGCUGGCCAUGGUGUCUCAGAGAGGGUUCUUUCUGUUCUGCUCAAUGAAUUGGAUGGGAUUGGGCUCAAAGUUACAGAGAGAAGAGGAGGCAAGCUACAGCUUGAGGCUCAGUGCCAAGAGCAAAGUGACGAGGAAAGAAAGCUAGAGUUUCAGGAAACUUUGAACAAAGAUUUCAUGGUAGUUGCUGCAACAAAUAGACCAGAUAUGCUGGAUGAUGCCCUGCUCCGUCCUGGAAGGCUGGACAAGAUGAUCUACAUUCCACCUCCAGACCUGAAGGGAAGACUUUCCAUUUUGAAAAUCUGCACCGAAAAAAUUCCAUUAGAUGCUGAUGUGUCAUUACAAGAUGUGGCAGUCCUAACAGACUUCUUCUCUGGAGCUGAUAUUGAAAAUCUGUGCAAGGAGGCUGCUUUGUUGGCAUUACAAGAGAAUGGACUUGAAGCAACUGUUGUAAAACAGGAACAUUUUGUGAAAUCGUUGAAGACUGUAAAACCAUCUUUAAACAUAAAAGACUUGGAAUUUUAUGAAAAAUUCUCUAAUCGAGAAUUAGCCUCUUAAAUCUAAAAAGGAGUGGAAUAAGUAUUUUUAAAUAUAUUACAAAGAUUUUGAAAAGGUUUGCAUCUUUCUGCUUUUUAAUACUAUACUUACUGUGGUACUCUAGUACUGUGAAAUACAGUAAAGUGUCACUUGUGAAAAGAGCUGUAAUUUCAAUAAUGAAUAAUAAAUUAAGAUCUUGUUUGCUUUGGGUAGGUUUACAUCAGAUGAAACAA